AGGGUCCAACCCACGCGUGUGGGGCCAUAGGGGGCCCCACUCAUGUGCGCGGCUCCAUAGGGACACGACCCACGCGUGGGGUUCCAUGGGAGCCUUGACUCCUGUGAUGUUCCAUAUGGGAUCACGUUCGUGUGCACGGGUCCGUAGAAAACCUAUAUGGACCCAUAUAGGUGGUCCAUUCAUUUAUAUGGUCAGGCACUUGUGUGCAUGGGGCCAUUCGGGUUCCCACCUUGGAGUGUGUGACCAGACAGGACCUGACUGACGUGUGUGGAUCCUAAAGGACCCGAUCCCUGUGUGUGGGUCCAUAUGGGACCUGCCCCACACGUGGGUCUGUAUGGGACCUGACCGGUGUGCAUCGGUCCAUAUGGGACCUGUCCCACGCCUGGGAGGCUGUGGGACCCAACCCUGCCCACAGCUCCAUGGGGACCUGACCCCCCCAUACACACACCAUAGGGAAUUGCCCCCCCAUACACACACCGUGGGGACCUGACCCCCCCGUGCAGGCUGUCCCUGGUGCAUGGGUGUGGGCAGGAUGGGGCCACGAUGCCACCUCCCAGCGGGCAGCAGCCGGAGCUGUGCCAUCUCCCAGCAUCAGUUCCCAUCAGCAGGGCAGGGCACGGCCCCCCCUGACCCCCCCCACUUUGCUCCUAAUGCCGUCUCUCCUCUCCUGCACACCGCAGAGCAGGGCAUGGUGCCGCCGGGCUGAGCGCUGGCACGCAGCGGGGGGGUGAGCAGAGCCAUGGAGGGGCCCGGCCAGGACACCGAGGACGCGCUACGCAGGAGCCUGGACCCCGAGGGUUACGAGGACACCAAGGGUUCCAGGAUUUCCCUGGGGGGGAUGAGCAGGGCUGUUGGAGACAUUGGGUCCCCUCUGCAGAGGGCGAGAGCUGAGCAGCUGUCCCCGCUGCGCCGCUUUCUGCCCAGCCACCGGGGAUCCUAUGAUGUGGACGGGAGGAGGCGCGAGGUCGGGGCCCCCCCGGAACGGGACGGUGGCAGAGGGCAGACUCCAUCGGUGAACGAUGUGGACCUGGAGGCCACGGGGAGCAGGCAGCCCACGGCCCAGAGGGACACCCAUGAGGGGUACGUGGAGCUGCACGAGUUGGUGCUGGACAGCAAGAAGGAGCUGUGCUGGAUGGAAGCUGGGCGCUGGCUGCAUCUGGAGGAGAGCAUGGAGCCGGGGGGGACCUGGAGCAGCCACCUCCCCCUGCUCACCUACCACGGCCUGCUGGAGCUGCACCGUGCCUUCGCCAAAGGCAUCAUGCUGUUCGACGUGGCAGCCACCUCGCUGGCAGCCGUGGCCCACACACUGCUGGAUCAGCUCAUCUACGAGGGGCAGCUGAAGCCGCAGCACCGGGAGGACGUCCUGCGGGCGCUGCUGCUGCAGCACAAGCACCCCAGUGAGGCUGAGUCGGUGUGGACGCUGCCGGCGGCGCAGCUGCAGCACUGGGAUGGGGAGCAGACGGAUGGGGAGCAUCGCGCGCUGCUGCAGGGGCAGCAGGCUGUGGAGAUGAGGGAGCUGCAUGGGGCUGAGCAGCUCGGCCCCCAGCUCCACCAGCAGCUCCCCAAGGACAUCGAGGCCACUCUGGUGCUUGUGGGCUGUGCCGCAUUCCUGGAGCAGCCCACGCUGGCUGUGGUUCGGCUCCGCGCUGCGGUGCCGCUGGACGCGGUUCUGGCGGCGCCGAUCCCCGUGCGCUUCGUGCUGGCGGUGCUGGGACCCGACAGCCCCCGCCUGAGCUACCAUGAGAUCGGCCGCGCCGCCGCCACCGUCAUGUCUGACCGGGUGUUCCGCCGCGACGCCUACCUGUGUAGGGGCCACAGGGAGCUGCUGGGGGGGCUGGAGGAUUUCCUGGAGGCCAGCAUCGUUCUGCCACCUUGCGAGGUGCCCAGCGAGCAGCACCUGCGUGCCCUGAUCCCACUGCAACGCCAGCUGCUCCGCCGCCGCUACCAGCGCCCCGACACCGCGCACAGCCACGGCGUCCCCAAAGACACAGGGGUUAAGGACCAGGCUCCGGAGGAUGACGACCCCCUGCUCCGGACGGGGCGGCCGUUUGGGGGUUUGGUGCGGGACAUCCGCCGCCGUUACCCCAAAUACCUCAGUGACAUCAGGGAUGCGUUCAACCCGCAGUGCCUGGCUGCUGUCAUCUUCAUCUACUUCGCCGCUCUGUCACCCGCUGUCACCUUCGGAGGCUUGCUGGGUGAGAAGACCCGAGGUAUGAUGGGGGUGUCGGAGCUGCUGGUCUCCACCUGCGUGCAGUGUUUGCUCUUCAGCCUGCUCAGCGCACAGCCUCUGCUCGUCGUCGGCUUCUCGGGGCCACUGCUGGUGUUUGAGGAGGCUUUCUUCUCGUUCUGUGAGGGACACGAGCUGGAGUACAUCGUGGGACGGGUGUGGAUCGGCUUCUGGCUGAUCCUGCUGGUGCUGGUGGUGGUGGCCUGCGAGGGCAGCGUCCUGGUGCGCUACCUGUCCCGCUACACACAGGAGAUCUUCUCCUUCCUCAUCUCCCUCAUCUUCAUCUAUGAGACCUUCGCCAAGCUCGUCACGAUCUUCAAGAAUCACCCGCUGCAGUGGGAGUACGAAGUGAAUAACAGCACGGACCCCUCGGUGCCCAAACCCAACACGGCGCUGCUGUCCCUCGUCCUCAUGGCUGGCACCUUUUUCCUCGCCCUCUUCCUCCGCAAAUUUAAGAACAGUGUGUUCCUGCCCGGCAAGAUCCGACGCCUGAUCGGGGACUUCGGGGUGCCCAUCUCCAUCUUCAUCAUGGCCCUGGCUGACUUCUUCAUCAAGGACACCUACACGCAGAAACUGAAGGUGCCCAAAGGGCUGGAGGUGACCAACAGAACGGCUCGGAAUUGGUUCAUCCACCCCAUGGGCAAAACGGGGUCUUUCCCCAUCUGGAUGAUGUUCGCCUCCGUGGUGCCCGCCCUCCUGGUCUUCAUCCUCAUCUUCCUCGAGACGCAGAUCACCACCCUCAUCGUCAGCAAGCCGGAACGGAAGCUGGUGAAGGGCUCGGGGUUCCACCUGGACCUGCUGCUCAUCGUGGCCAUGGGCGGCGUGGCUGCUCUCUUUGGCAUGCCCUGGCUGAGCGCCACCACGGUGCGCACCAUCACGCACGCCAACGCUCUCACCGUCAUCAGCAAGAGCUCGGAACCGGGAGAGAAAUCCCAGAUCCUGGAGGUGAAGGAGCAGCGCAUCAGCGGGCUGCUGGUGGCCGUGCUGAUCGGCGUCUCCAUCCUGAUGGAGCCCAUCCUGAAGUACAUCCCGCUGGCCGUGCUCUUCGGCAUCUUCCUCUACAUGGGCGUCACCUCGCUCUUCGGCAUCCAGCUCUUCGACCGCAUCCUGCUGCUGCUGAUGCCCCCCAAGUACCACCCCAAGGAGCCGUACGUCACCCGGGUGAAGACGUGGCGGAUGCACCUCUUCACCGUCACGCAGAUCCUCGUGCUGGCGCUGCUGUGGGGGGUGAAGGUCAGCGAUGCCUCCCUGGCGCUGCCCUUCGUGCUGGUGCUCACCGUGCCGCUGCGGCGCCUCCUGCUGCCCCGCAUCUUCAGCGAGAUGGAGCUCAAAUGCCUGGACACGGACGACGCAGUGGUGACAUUCGAAGAGACGGAGGGCCAGGAUGUGUACAACGAGGUGCAGAUGCCCAGCUAAGGGCCCACCGUGCCCCCACCCACGUGUAGAUCCACCAUUGCCCCCCCAGAGCCACGUCCUGCCCAGAGCAUCCCGCUAUGCCGCCAGCAUCCCGGGUAGGGAUGUCAACAGCCCAGCACAGGGGGUAGGGGUUUGUAAUGCAGAGAAUCAGUGCAAAAACACCAAAAAAAAGGCAAAAAAAAAAAGUGAAAAAAGGACAAAAAAAAAAAAAAAAGAGCGCCAAUGCUUCUGCAGAGAAAAGCCAACGCUUGUGCAAGUAGAGCUUGCUCAAAACAGAAGAAAACGGCAAAAAAAAAGAGGAUGCAAAAAGCACUUAGAAGCAGCAGCUGCUGCCAGGAGCGAUCUGUACAUUGCUGCUUGCCACGGGGGGCUGUAAUUUAUUGCUAAGGGUUGUGUGUGUGUGUACAUAGAGCUGAGAAAUGAGAUAUUGCGACUGACCAGGAUGGAUUCGGCGCAGCGCCGGGCAGGGAUUGCGGGCACUGUCUGUCUGUCUGUCUGUCUGUCUGUCUGCCUGCCUGUCCGUCCGUCCUGCUGCGGGUGAUGCUGACUGCGUUGGUGCCGUCCCGUUGGGUUUUUGUGUUCCACUUCAACCCAUGUAGUUCUCCCUGGAUUUUUCCCCGCCAUGAUGGCUGCUUGCUGCCCACCACCUGCCCCAGGCCUGUUCCCAAUGGGAUUUCCCAAACACAUUCCAAUGGGGUCACUCCCAAACCCAUUCCCAAUGGGAUUUCCCAAAGCCAUUCCCACUGGGAUCACUCCCAACGCCAUUCCAAUGGGAUAUCCCAAAGCCAUUCCAAUAGGAUCACUCCCAAACCCAUUCCCAAUGGGAUUUCCCAAAGCCUUUCCAAUGGAUCACUCCCAAACCCAUUCCCAAUGGGAUUUCCCAAAGCCAUUCCCACUGGGAUCACUCCCAAAGCCAUUCCAAUGGAAUAUCCCAAAGCCAUCCCAAUGGGGUAUCCCAAAGCCUUUCCCAUGGGAUCACUCUCAAACCCACUCUCAAUGGGAUUUCCCAAACCCAUUCCCAUUGGGAUAUCCCAAAGCCAUUCCAAUAGGACCACUCCCAAACCCAUUCCCAAUGGGAUUUCCCAAAGCCUUUCCAAUGGAUCACUCCCAAACCCAUUCCCAAUGGGAUUUCCCAAAGCCUUUCCAAUGGAUCACUCCCAAAUCCAUUCCCAUUGGGAUAUCCCAAAGCCAUUCCAAUGGGAUCACUCCCAAACCCAUUCCCAAUGGGAUUUCCCCCAAAUCCAUUCUCAGUGGGACUUUCCAAACGCAUUCCCAAUGGGAUAAUCCCAAACCCAUCCCCAAUAGGAUCUCCCACCAGCACCACUGCUGGUACCAGAACAUGGAUGUGCAAAGCCCCAUCUCAACAGGACGUUGCCCCUCUUUGCCAAUAGGAGAGGCGAAAUCUCAUCAGGGAAAUCCCAAAAACGCAGCAGGGAGCAGAGCAGGUGGGGGCCCUGCGGCCGACCCCGGAUUGCUGUGCGUUGGGGUUGUUUGACCAGUGAUGUGUCCGAAAUAAACCAUGCUUUGUUUGAUCUUCCCCUCCCAACCCGCCUCCAUCCCAGGCUUUAAUAAAGACAUCGUAACCACG